UCCGCGGAGAGGGGAAGAGUGGUUGGCUGGAUCCAUCGGCUGCUCUGCUCUGGCUCUGCUGCUGCCGGGCGGGAUGAGGGUGGUGGUGACGGGCGCGACGGGGUACCUGGGCGGGCGGCUGUGCGCGGCGCUGGCGGGGGCGGGGCACGACGUGCGGGCGUUCGUGCGGCGCACCGGCGACGCGUCCGGCCUGCCGGACGCCGUCGAGCUCGCCUACGGCGACGUCGGCGACGCCGACUCCCUCGCCGCCGCCUUCGACGGGCGCGACGCCGUCUUCCACGCCGCCGCCUCCGUCGAGCCAUGGCUCCCCGACCCCUCCGUCUUCACCGCCGUCAAUGUGAGAGGGCUUGAGAAUGUGUUAAAGGCGGCCAAGAGAACACCGACAGUAAAGAAGAUCAUAUACACGUCGUCCUUCUUCGCACUUGGCCCAACGGAUGGUUGUGUCGCAGAUGAGACACAGAUGCACAAAGGAAAAACAUUUUGCACGGAGUAUGAGAAAUCAAAGGUUCUUGCAGAUAGAAUCGCAUUGCAGGCAGCAGCAGAGGGGGUGCCAAUAACCAUUGUCUAUCCAGGAGUCAUCUAUGGUCCUGGAAAACUUACAACUGGAAACCUUGUUUCCCGCAUUUUAAUUGAAAGGUUCAAUGGCCGUCUACCUGGCUACAUUGGAGAUGGGUAUGAUAGAGAAUCAUUUUGCCAUGUCGACGAUGUUGUUAGUGGGCUCAUUGCAGCUAUGGAGAAGGGCAGAGUGGGAGAAAGAUAUCUGCUCACCGGCGAAAACUUGUCAUUCAUGCAUAUUUUCAAUAUGGCUGCUAAUAUCACAAACACAAAGGCCCCGUACUUCCACGUACCACUCUGGCUGAUUGAAAUAUAUGGCUGGAUUUCAGUUUUCAUUGCUCGAAUCACUGGAAAGCUCCCUCUUAUCAGUUACCCCACGGUUCGUGUUAUUAGACAUCAAUGGGCGUAUUCAUGUGACAAAGCAAAGAGGGAACUGGGCUACAAUCCAAGAAACUUGACUGAAGGUCUAGCUGAGAUGCUUUUAUGGCUGAAGAACGAGAAACUGAUCAAAUUUUAGUGUACUUUGCUAUUGCUUCCGUUACAUUUCACACUUCAUGUAGACCGUGAUGUUCUAUGUACUAGAAUCAUCAACAUGUAUAUACUGCAGUAUGCCACUGUCUUGUUGUAUCAAGUUGAGAUGUAAUAAUGUAAUACUGAGUCCGUAUUCAGAUAAAGGGAGAAACGGUAUUAUUUUUCA